AUGUUCGGAAUUAAGCUCAAUUCCACGUUAACGAAGCUUUUAGAGCGCUUGGAGGGCAAUGCAGAGGCACAGGAUAUUCUUGAGAAAGGCAGCAUAUCCAUGAAGGCACUGUUAGCUUUUCACAGCGAGCACUGGAGCCAUGUCGGGGUGAAAGAGCUUUUGACUCCUCUCGAUUUUGCAUUCAAAAAGGUGCCAGAGAGGGGUACUGCUUACACAGACGAGUUCAAAGAGCACUUGGAAAAGCUACGGUCAGAACAGGAGGAGAAAGACUACCAAGCAAUGGUCAGAAGAGAUGGCCUGGGCGCAAUGCUAGAAGAUAGAGAAGAACUGACACCGGCACAGAUGGCCAAGCAAGUCAAAGAGCAAAUAACGACUGUUUUUAAUGUUUUGGUGUCAGUGGUUUCUGUGGUUUUUGCCGUGUGGUACUGGACAGGCUCCUCGACGCACAUGGAACCACCCACCCGUGUACUUUUGUGUCUGUUUGGUGGGAUAUUGGUGCUUGUGGCUGACGUCGUGGUUUAUAAUAGCUAUCUGCGGAAAAUUGAGGAGGCAAGAGUAAGGGAGAGAAGCAAGAAGGAGCGCAAAACCGUGGUGAAAACAUUGGAUUGA